UGAUUGGCUGGCUGUCAGUCGGCGUGCUGACGAAACAAGGACUUAUAUAUAUUGUGCACGCGGUGCUGCUGUUCCUAGAAGGAAGCUCCUGCUCUUUUUCUCUUCUUUAUCGAGGUUCUUUUCAUUUUUUUACCUUUAUCUGCUACCUGGGUACUAAAGGAGGAAAAAUGUCCAAAGGUACAGUGGUCCUGGCAUACAGUGGCGGUCUCGACACGUCCUGCAUCUUGGUGUGGUUGAAGGAACAAGGCUAUGAUGUCAUCGCUUACUUGGCUAAUAUUGGACAGGAGGAAGACUUUGACGCUGCCCGAAAGAAAGCAGAGAAGCUUGGAGCGAAGAAGAUAUUUAUCGAGGACCUGCGUGCUGAGUUUGUAGAAGAGUUUAUCUGGACCUCAGUGCAGGCCAACGCCAUCUAUGAAGACCGGUAUCUCCUGGGCACUUCCAUCGCCCGGCCCUGCAUCGCCCGGCGCCAGGUCCAGAUUGCUCUUCGGGAGGGGGCACAGUAUGUCUCCCAUGGAGCAACUGGGAAGGGUAAUGAUCAGGUUCGGUUCGAGCUGACCUGCUACGCCCUGUACCCUGAUGUGAAGAUCAUCUCUCCUUGGAGGAUACCUGAAUUUUACAACCGUUUCCGGGGCAGAAAGGACCUCAUGGAGUAUGCAGAGAAACAUGGCAUUCCUGUCCCGGUCACUCCAAAAGCCCCGUGGAGCAUGGACGCCAACCUCAUGCACAUCAGCUACGAGUCUGGAAUACUGGAGAACCCCAAGAAUCAUGCUCCUUCUGACCUCUAUCUGAUGACCAAGAACCCUGAAGAUGCACCAAAUACACCAGACGUGCUGGAGAUAGAGUUUAGCAAAGGUGUCCCAGUAAAGGUACGCCACCUGAAAGAAGGAACAUCCAAAGACACACCGCUGGAGAUAUUUAACUACCUGAAUGAAGUAGGAGGGAAGCACGGAGUCGGCAGAAUCGACAUUGUGGAAAACCGCUUCAUCGGAAUGAAGUCUAGAGGUAUCUACGAGACGCCCGGAGGCACCAUUCUCUAUCAUGCUCACCUGGACAUCGAGGCUUUCACGAUGGACAGAGAGGUCAGGUCUAUCAAGCAAGGGCUGGGAAUUAAGUUCUCUAAACUUUUGUAUAAUGGAUUUUGGUACAGCCCAGAGUGUGAAUUUGUGCGCCAUUGCAUUGCCAAGUCUCAGGAGAAUGUAGAGGGCAAAGUGCAGCUGUCUGUGUUUAAAGGCCAAGUCUAUAUCCUGGGUCGGGAAUCACCCAAAUCUCUGUACAACGAAGAGCUUGUCAGCAUGGAUGUUCAGGGAGACUACGAUCCAUCAGAUGCCUCCGGCUUCAUCAAGAUCAAUGCAGUCAGGCUCCGUGAGCAUCACAGGUUGCUGGGAGGAAACCAGCUGAAGCAGUAAAACACUCGAAGCUUCACAACUCAGCCUAUACAUCUUCUCAUACUGUCUUUAUUCUUGUUUAAGUCUUUGAUUACUUGAUAGCAUGGUUUUUGUAUGGUGACAGUCCGUGACGGUUUAUUAAAAGCACUUAAACUA